GGGCCGUAGUCCCGUAGGGUGAGGGAACAGGGGCGCCCCCGUGCGGAGCGGUCGGAGUUCCCGAGCACGGUCUCUGGAGCCAUGCUCAAGCCUAAGGACCUUUGCCCCCGGGCGGGCACGCGCACCUUCCUUGAGGCCAUGCAGGCGGGCAAAGUCCACUUGGCCCGUUUCGUCCUGGACGCGCUGGACCGCAGCAUCAUCGACUGCCGCGCAGAGCAAGGUCGUACGCCGCUCAUGGUGGCCGUGGGGCUGCCGGACCCCGCCAUGCGCUCGCGCUUCGUGCGACUGCUGCUGGAGCAGGGUGCGGCGGUGAACCUGCGGGACGAGCGCGGCCGCACAGCGCUCAGCCUGGCCUGCGAGCGAGGCCACCUGGACGCCGUGCAGCUGCUGGUGCAGUUCAGCGGCGAUCCGGAGGCGGCGGACUCGGCCGGCAACAGCCCGGUGAUGUGGGCGGCGGCGUGCGGCCACGGGGCGGUGCUGGAGUUCCUGGUGCGCUCUUUCCGCCGCCUGGGCUUGCGCCUUGACCGCACCAACCGUGCGGGCCUCACGGCGCUGCAGCUGGCCGCCUCCCGCGGUCACGGGACCUGUGUGCAGGCACUCACCGGGCCUUGGGGUCGGGCAGCCGCAGCCGCAGCAGCCCGGGGCUCCAACUCCGACAGUCCCCCUGGCCGUCCCGCCCCGGCGCCCAGCCCAGAGCGCCGACGACCCAGCCCCCGUCGUCUACCGCGGCCCCUUUUGGCACGGUUUGCUCGAGCUGCCGGAGGCCACGGCCACGGCCACGGCCACGGAAAUGAGCUUGUCUCUGCUGUCAAGGGCUCGGGCCGUCACAGGGCACAAGGCAGCGAGAGGCCGGAGCUGGGCCGGAGCAUGAGCCUAGCUCUGGGUACCAUGACGGAGGAGGAGACAGCACGCCUUCGGGCAGGAGCUCUGAUGGCCCGACCAAACUCACCCCAGUCUUCGGGGAGUGGGCGGUGGCGCUCACAAGAGGUGCUGGAGGGAGCGCCCCCAACCUUUGUGCAAGCCCCUAUUGGCCUUAGUCCACAUCCCGAGGGUGGCCCGGGAUCUGGCCGCCUGGGUUUGCGGCGACGGUCCACAGCCCCAGACAUCCCCAGCCUGGUCGGGGAGGCUUCAGGGCCAGAGAGUGGCUCGGAAUUAGAGACCAACGCUCUGCCUUUCACAGUGCCUGGGCCAAAGCCUUGGCAGGCGGGCACUGAGGCUGUGGUACUGCAGGCUCAGCGGUAAGGUCGAGGCCUGCAAUGUCCAUAUGGUCUCUUGUCUCUGGUCACUGAGAUGUCCCUUUCUCCAAGUCCUUCCCUUUUUCUGUGACUUGCCCCCCCCCCAUACAGAUUGUCCUCACAGAUAAAGGGAGAUCUCCACCAGUCCUCCACCAGAGUUAAGAAAGAUCUCAUCUUUUUGUGCUGUUUGGUAUUUCCUGUGUA